AUGGCUAAGAAAAAAGGAAAGCAGAUCCUAAUUGCAGAUUCGAAGGGAACGCAUAAUCUUAUUAUAGGCAACGUAUUUAAGGAAAGACAAGGUAGUGGGGAAGCACAAUUGCAGUCAAGACAUGUACAUUUUCAUAAACAAAUCAAGGGAGGCUGGAAGCAACAGCAGAAGCUGAAGAAGGAUAAUAACCCAGGUAAGGAAACAGUAGCUGUAUUCGGGAAAGAAGCAGAGCCAGUCUUGGAAAGAGGGAAUAUUGAAAAGGAAAAUUCAAUUUUGAUCCUGGAAAAUGGGGAGCGUUCUGAGCAAAAUGGCUGUGAUUUGCCCAAGGCCUCUACAGACGAUCAGGCCCAACAGAAAGGUGAUGUUCCGGCACCGAUAAUUUUAGAUGACCCAUCGCUUGUCAAUAAGUAUGCAGAACUGGAUCCUCUUCUCUCUUUAAUUGUAGAUUUACCAUUCCCAAGCAAACCUGUGCAGCAUCCCACCUUGAGAGAGAUGCCUAAUUGUCAACAUCCCUCUUUGGCUUCUACGUUUUUGGUGGAACACCAAUACGCCUGUCAAGAGGGUACAUUGAUUGUUAUGAAUGAUGAAUGUGGACUGCAUCGUACAACGGAACCACCAGAUAGGGGAUUUUAUUCAGAAGAUGAGCUUACUAGUAGGGGUGAUGAAAGAGUGGUUAGUGAUACUCAAGAAUUGGAAUCAAAUGCAGAGCAAAGACAAGAGCUUUUUAGAGUAGAUAUGGUUACUAGAUCAAGGUCUAGCAAGAUUUCCCAAUCUAAAAUUUUUUAA